AUGAAGCGUCCGCCCCUAGCCUACGUCAGUCGCCGAGCUGAGACCGUGCCUUUGGUAGUUCGGAGUCUAUGUUCGGAGACCAUAUACCCCGGGAUAGUCACUCAAGCUGGGACUCCACCGUCAUCUGGAGGCUUCGAGCUUCAAACCGGGCAACAGAUGAACCUCACUGUUGGUGCAGACUGGCAAGGUCGGGUUUGGGGCCGAACGAAUUGCAGCUUCAAUUCUCAAGGGACAGGACCAGCCAAUGCCGGUGGAAACAACGGUGGUGGUAGCGCAUGCGGGACUGGGGAUUGCGGUGGUAUUGUCGGUUGCAAAGCAACCGGCGAAACACCGGUGACCCUGGCCGAAUUUACCCUUGCAACCUCAAGUGGUCAGACAUUCUACGAUAUUUCACUCGUCGACGGCUACAACCUUCCUUUAGCGAUCGUAUCGCUAUACCCUGAGUCUGAUAAUUCUUCUCUGACCAAAAUACCUCCUAACUUGACAAACCCUAUCUGCAUUGGCACAGCUGCCCUGCUCACCGCUCAGGGUGAUACGUCGGAUUCGAACUCUGGCACAAACUCAUCGUUUCCUAUCCCUCUCGAUGAAUCUGUGAGUGUAUCUGAUGUCGCAUCCUGGUGUCCCUGGGAUUUGCAAGUGAACAUCCCCACCGUGCCCUUUGAUGGUGUCUAUUCGUACCCCGACACUAACAUCCAGAGGCCUGGUUUCGACCCUUGCUUUUCUGCCUGCGCGAAGUAUAGCCAAGCGGCAGACUGUUGCACAGGCAGCUACGAUAGUCCAAAUGUUUGCAAGCCAAGCAGCUACAGUACAGCGGCGAAGUCAGUCUGUCCGGACGCUUACAGCUACGCUUUCGAUGACCAAACGUCUACUUUCAUCAUCCCUUCUGGUGGUGGAUUCGAGGUUACCUUUUGUCCGACCGGUCGUUCCUCCAACAUCUUGAAGGUUUAUAAGCAGCAGCUCGCCGAACUUUCUGAGACAGGCAGUGUAUCGGAGUCGUCACUUGAGGCCAUGCAAGUUGCGUAG